AUGUUCUUGGCCUUGGACACUGGCAGUCACUGGCAUGGAUGGGAUACCAUGAGCGCCAUCGCAAGCGACACGGUGGGCGUUGUGACUACAGGAUGCCAGAAAUGGCUAGAGCAGAAGCAAAGCAUUCACCUGACAUGCACCGAACUCAAUGGGCCAAAGUUGCCCGAGCACAACAAGCCUCAAUAG